AUGGUCGAGGCUCAUAGCCCCCGCUUUGAAGAAAAGACCGAGAUUUGCGGAUCGAAGGUCGGCGAAGUCCGACGACGUAAGGGCCAUGUUUCCCCUAAAGAAGAUCGUUUCCCUGCACGAAGUUAUAAAAUUUAUGGCCAGGAACUGUUUUUCGGAGCUUUCCGCGUUUCGCACAGCUUCUCGUCAGCAAACAUCGUUCAAUAUCUCUGCAAAGCGAGAGCUAAGCCUUCGGGAACUGUGUGGCUUGGGCCCCGGUGCAUCGUCGUACCUACACCAGCUUCACCUCGGCGAAUGCCCGCCUUGGUUCUGGACAAAGUGUGCCCGUAG